AUGCUCCAUGCUCCAUGCAACACCCAACGCAUUCUUAACGUUAAGUUGCCUGUCCGUAACAACGCAGCGCUGAGCGAAAGAUUACGGGCGCGACUCUAUCGCGUCAGCUCACGCCCAUCUCCCAUCAUGUUCUCACCGGAGGCCUCUGUCCAGAGCGCACGCAGUUCGCUGCGCAACCCGCGACGCCGGCCGCGCAAGAACUCGGACGGGCAACAGCAGCAACAUCGUCGCAAACGAAGCAAACUCAACGACGAGACGUUCCAGGACCCGGAAGAGAUGCACAUGAAUGGAAAGAGCCAUGAUUUGAUGAAUGGCCAUGCGGUGCAGAGUGUGGAGAACUCGGUCGUGCUCGUCGACAUGCCCGUCCGCGAGAAGCAGGCACCCCCGAAGCGCGCCGCCAAAGAAGAUCAUGCUUUAUACUUGACCAAGAAUGCAAAUUACAGUGUCAAGAAGCUGCCAGCGUUCCCAAAUCCGCUCCUCCGCCUGCACACUCCGUUCCAUGGGACAGCUCUCUCCUCUGCUGGGCUUGCACUUGCCCUCACGCACGAGCGUGCCAUUGUAUGGGACUACAACGCCAUCAACGAUCCCACCAAAGUCGUCGCACUACCUCUUCGUUUCGGCCUCAAGGCGUCGGACCCGUUGCCACUCGGGGCGAUUGUUCGAAAUGGUCCUACAAACGACUAUGGCAUUGUUGCACUCGCACCUUCCUCGGGCAGGAUCAGCUUCUGGGAGAACAUUGACAGCGCAGACACCCGGAGCAUGUAUCCACAGCGCAGGCAGGGCGUAGAGGGAUCCGCGAAGCUAUACUCUGGCGAAAGUAUCACGGCAUUGGUGGAAGCGGAGCAUGCAGGCUAUGUACUCAUCUUUAGCAGCGGCAGGCUCGCACACUUGACUCUCCGCGAUGCGCAGGGACGACCGCACAUCACGACGACUAUUAUGAGCGCACCCAACCAUUCUAAUGGUAGCUUCUUCAGCUUCAAAGGCCUGCUUGGAGCCCCGGUCCGCAAAGCAAUCGCUUCAGUCAAGGCCCGUCCAUCCAGCUCGAAAGGUCACAUGGAGGUCAUUUCGGCGACGCGGAAUGGACUUUUUCAGACGUGGGAUUUGAGUUGGUCCGGACAACAUAACCACCAGCGAGAUAUUGACGUACAGGCUGAUAUUCUAGCUGCAGUCCAAGCAGACGUAGCAGUGGAGACGCGCGGUCAGCAAGACGUCCGUGUACUAGAUUUCGCCAUCAUGGAAAAGCAGCAGAGCCGAGAUGUUACCAGUCUUCUAGUCUUGGUAGCUUUGUCUGGAAGAGAGUCCCUGAACUACUCGCUCCUCGAGAUUGAUCUGGGCAAGGCUAGCGCAACAAUCAACAGGGUCAUACCGGUCCGCAACUUCAACCAAACUACAUUACCAAAGGAGCCAAAAGGGACCCUGCUUCUGCCACAGCCUGGACACACCGCAUACGUUGAGUUUCCCGGGGCCAUCUUUGUGGCCUCCCUCGUCCAGCCAGAAGAAAGUCCCGAGGCGCAACUGCUCGCUGAUUCGGGCAGUGUCAGCCUCCCAUUUCAGGACAGUAUAUACUUCCGUGACGACAUGUCUAUCGUUCUUUCAGGGACCGCACUGGAGCAGCCAACACGAAAAGAUCCACGAGCGGCUGCUCUAAUAUUCGUCCAAGGAUUCGGGCUUUUACAAAUCAGUGCGCAACCACCCACGACGAACGAGGAAGAAACGGAGAGAAUGAAGGUUACGGCGCGCAGCAAGCUCGAACAGGCCACUUUCUUCAGCACAGUCCCAGGUAACAUCCUCGAUUUCUCCGUUAAAUCACGCUUUUCGUUCUCCGAAGAGGAGACGGCGAAAGCUGCAGUAUACAUUAGUUCUGAGAUUUUGAAGUCCUCUUACGAAUACCUUGACAAGGUCACAUCGUCCAUGGAUGAUCAGUUCCGCAAGCGAGCCUCUGCACUAAAGACAUUGGCAUCUCAAUUACAGUCCGAUUAUACACCUCUAUCCACCCAGACGAAGUGGCGACUUCUCUGGCACGCCGAGAAGCUUGCUGCCACACAUGCGUUGUGGACCUGGUAUCAGAAGAAACUUGGAGAACAGCAAAAAAACCCCGACGCCUUUCCAGAGCCCAUUCUGAUGGGGGACAUUGUGAGAGCGCUCAACGAGCGCUACAAGACUGCUAUCAACCCGGAGAUUGGCGAAACAGACGCGAUUAGGCAAUUCUUCCUGAGGGAUGUUGAAUCCCUGGGUAUCCUUCUUCCCUGGGCUUGGUUUUACUUGCGCACGUUCUACAUGAAGGAUGGAGUCAAGGAGCCGCGAUCCAUCAUGCAGAGAGUCAGCGAAGGAAAUGACGUAAUAUACGAAACGUUGAGCGAAGCCUUCAGGUUCCGAGCAGCUAACCUGGAACUCUAUGGCCUCGAUCCAGACUGCCUUGAAGAUGGCGUUCUUAAACCCAACCAUGGCUACGAUCUACUGCCCCAGUUCUGGACAUCGUCUCACAACAUUGUCAGCUCGAUUCGCAGUCUGAUCGAUGUUGGGCGUAACCUGGCAGUUGAAAACUUCGAGGAAGGUCAUCAGGAGAGUCUGGCGCAAAAGAUUGGCAAGGACAAUCCUAAGCUAGUCAAGCUCGGCUGCCAAACUCAUAUCGAGCGGUUUCAAUGGGCGCUGGCUCAAAACGACGAGAAGACGAGGGAAACAGGGCGUAACGUUAGGUCCGAAUGGAACAAGAACGUGCGACCAAAUCACAUUCUCGGUCUCAUGGAGAUUGGGUUGGCGACCGAAGGCAUGUCACUUGCCGAGCAAUACCAUGACAUGGACACCCUCGUCGACCUUGUCUGGGAAGAGUCGAACUGGCUGGAGAAUGAAAAGGCCAACACACGAAGUAAGAUGGAGCAAGCCGAGAGCACCAUCAAGCUAGGCCGAAUCAAGGAUCGCAUCACUCGGUACUUCCAGACCUAUGGUGAUGAAUGGGCUAGGGCAUUCUACUCCAAAUACAUCAAAGAGAACCAAGCUGCGCAGCUGUUUAUGAGGGAGUACCUCAACCAACCCGCGCUCACAAAGUUCCUGCGUGCAGAUGCAUCGCGUGCCAGAAUUGCAUGGAUCCACGAAGUGGCAACCGAGAAGAAUUACGAAGCUGCCGCGGCGUCUCUCUACGAGGCUAGCACAAAGCAGGAGACGAAUGCAUGGUGUCAGCGUGUGGAGCUCUCGAUUGCGAAGCUUGCAAUGCUUUGCAAAGAUGAAAAGAAGGAGGGCGAGAAGUUCAAGACGACUACGCCCCCCCCCAAGAACAAGGCGGAGAAGAUGCGUGAAAACCAGUUCCAGAGCAUCAAGCAACAGCUCGAGUUUACGAAGAUUCAAGACCAAGUCUACGAUAGCUUGGCCCACGUUAUUGAAGGGGCUGCUGACAAGGAUUUUGCUGUUGACCUGCUCAUGACCGAGUUUGGGCAGGGUCGCCUCAAGGACCGGCCGGCACAUCAAGCGAUCCUCAAGGAAGGUUUCGACAAUCUUGUUCAUCACCGCGUGAUUGAUCCAGCACUCAUGAUUGACAUUUUGACGCUGAUGAAUACGGAUGACAGUGAAGAAGGCGUUUUGCCGCUGCAGGGCAAUGAAUUUUUGUUUGCCUUGAGGGUGCUCGUCAUCAGCUGGCACAACAUCCACCGGACGACCCGCGACGGUCUACUCAAGCUCGUCUGGAAGCGUCUCUGCCUCAAGGACGACUGGGUCGCCAUCAACAAUACGAAGAACGUUUCAGACGCGACACUACACGACUUCCUCCGGCACACGGCGGUAGGGUGGACGUUUCAGGGUCUCACCAAGAUGAUUCACGAAGACCCGUUCGCCAAGGUUGCCUGGCCCAAGAAGCUCGAGGAACUUUUGGGUGCGGGUGCCACGCACGGCGAGCUCUGCGUCCGCUUUGCCAACGAGGACAUUCGCAACCCCAUCAUCAAGGACAACCUCCUCGACGACGACUUGAUGCGUGAGCAUCUGGACAAGCACCGCCUUGCACAGUGGUUCACGGCCGCGUGCCGAGCCGGCCAAAAGACGUUUCAGGACAGUAUCCUGCCAGUCCGCAAGCCGCGCCCGUCGAACGAGCUGGCCAACGGGGUGGCUGCUCAGAGCGUGCUCAACGAGACUGUUGCCGAAGCGGAGCCUGCACCGCCGGCGCCAGGACCCAUUGUGCUUGAUAGCGAUAUGCAGAGUAUUGCGGAUCAGGGACAGGAGGAUGUGGAGAUGCAGUAUUCGUGA